AGUUCGCGUUUAAGAGUAAGAGAGCAAGUGUGUGCAUAAGCAAACGAUAAGUGCUCGUGUUGAUAUCUCAGUACUGAGAAACUGAAUGUUUUUGCUCGUCAAAUCCAAUCGCAUUGUGUUUGGCGUUUAUUUUAUGCAUACAUUCUUUGUGAGAUAUCGUGAGUAGUGAGUUGCGUUCAGCUUUAUCGAAAAUAGCAUAAAAUAUAUACGCAUAUUUUUUUUUUCGUCGCCGGGACCCGAACGUGAUUGUGAUAAAUUUUUGUGGGCGCGUCAAUGACUUGAUUCUGAGUCGAAAACUUUUACAUACUACUCAUUUCGACAUACGUGUUUUCAAUCACCAAUUUUAUCCAGAUUUUUUUUUAUUCAUACCAAAUUUGGCAGAAGAGCGCAUUUUGAUUGAACGAAACUGCGAAGCUAAUCCAACACGGUAUAAAUCGUUAUUUUGUGCAGAAGUGCGGUAGCGUGUGCUGGCGUGAUACUGACCGAACUGUGAUAAACGAAGAUGAUGUUUUCUAUACAUAAAUUGCUCAUUGCAACUGCACUUCUGGCCAUUUCCUUAGUACAUGCAUACGUAGUCAAUUCUGAUGACUCACUAUGUAAAAGCGAGAUUUAUUGCAAUGGCGAUGUUUUACAUACGAUUCAGAUGGCAAAAUUAUACAACGAUUCAAAAACUUUCGUCGAUAAGAAAUUGAAACAAUCACCACAAGAGACGGUAGAACGAUUCCAUGAAUUUAUGGCAGAACACGGUGACAAUCCAAGCAGAGAUGAUAUCAAUCAAUUUGUCAACACAAACUUCGAAGAAGGUAAUGAGUUACACAAUUGGGUACCGGACGAUUGGAUCGAAUCACCGGCAUACAUAAGCAAAAUUAAAGAUGUGACAUACCGCGAUUUCGCAAAGAAUUUAACAAAAAUUUGGAAGAUUCUGGGAAAAAUAAUGAAAGAUGAAGUUGCUAAUAAUCCCGAAUUGUAUUCAAUAAUUUAUGUAAAACAUGGAAUAAUUGUGCCGGGUGGACGUUUUCUUGAAUUCUAUUAUUGGGAUACCUAUUGGAUCAUACGCGGUUUAUUACAAUCACAAAUGUACGAAACAGUGCGCGGUAUGUUGCGUAAUUUCUUUUCGAUAAUUGAUCGUUAUGGAUUCAUACCAAAUGGUGGUCGUAUUUAUUACUUAACGCGAACACAUCCACCAAUGUUGACAAGCAUGGUUAAAUCUUAUAUCGAUUUUACAAACGACAAAGAGUUCAUAGCAGAGGCUUUACCACGAUUAGAAGCUGAAUUUGAUUAUUUCCAACAAAAUCGCUUGCAAAAUGUCAAUGGUUAUGAAAUGUAUACGUAUGGGGCACCGAUAACAAAUGGCCCCCGUCCCGAAUCAUACUAUGAAGACUACGAUAUGGCUCAACGAUAUUUUAAAACUGAUAAGGAGAAAUUUAAAUUUUAUGUAAAUAUUGUUGCGGCCGCUGAAAGUGGAAUGGAUUUUUCAAGUCGAUGGUUCAUCAAUAAUGGUUCGAAUAAUGGUAAACUGUUUGAAGUUCAGACUCGUUCCAUUGUUCCGGUUGAUUUAAAUGCAAUGAUUUAUUUUAAUGCCAAAACUAUUGCUGAAUUCCAUAACACACUUGGAAACACAAAUAUCGUCGAAAAGUAUCGGUAUAAAGCACAGAAAUUAUUUGAAGCUGUGCAAGCAGUGCUUUGGAAUGAUGAGUACGGUGUAUGGUUGGAUUACGAUUUGAUUAAUAAAACACCACGACCAUAUUUUGCGGCAACAAAUCUAUCGCCAUUGGUAUUUGAAUGCUAUAAUACCACUGAUAAACCAUCAAUUGCUCGUAAAGUUCUCGCUUAUAUCAAUAGAAAUGAAACCAAUAUCGAUCGAUAUCCCGGAGGCAUUCCCAAUACAUUGCUGGGCACUGGCGAACAAUGGGACUAUCCAAAUGCAUGGGCACCGAUGCAACAUUGGAUUAGCGAAGGAUUACGUACACUUGAUGAUCAAACGGCAACCGAUCUUGCAAAUAAAUGGACAAAACGAUGGAUUUUAUCCAAUUUUAUCGCUUUCAAGGAGUCUAAUUAUACAGCAAUGUAUGAAAAGUAUUUGGCUGAUACAUUGGGUGGUCACGGUGGUGGAGGUGAAUACGAAGUACAAGUUGGAUUUGGCUGGACAAAUGGUGUUAUUAUUGAAUAUUUGGCAAAAUAUGGCCAUAAUAUAACAGCAUUCAGUUGAAUGUGAUACGUACAUUCAAAUUAUAUAUAGUUGAAGUUGCCAAAAUAUUGCCAAAUAAUCAUAAUACAGAUUCCAGAUGUAUCACAUUUUUAGUUUGUCUUUCAAAUAAUUUCUUGCUUAAUUUAUGUUUGUUUUUUGUUUCCUGAAAUUACUUAUUGUAAAACAAAACCGUUGAAAGUAUUCAAUAAAGUCAGUUACUUACAAACAAACUCAUUUGAAUACACAUA